AAUAGCAGCACCAUCAUCUGGAAUACAUUUUCUUCCUCUGGCGUAAAAAAAUAUAGCUGACAAAAACACAAAGAAACCUCGACUUUCAUACCUCUCAAAAUGUCAAAACUGGCGUUGUUCAAUGUGUAUAUUACUGAACGGCUAACAGCGGCGGCUGUAGAAAUAGCUGGAGUAGUAGAGAGAACAGUAACUGAGUACCAGGAGGAAAUCUCUCGUUCAAAGGAGGAGAACGAACGUCUUCGACGUCUGCUGGAUUUCAAACCGCACAGAACAGACCCCCAGCAGCUUACUCUCCCAGUCUCUGAAGAAGAGGUUCCCCCUGAACGGCAGCACUGUGAGCAGAAGUGGAGCCCCAGUCUGGAGAAGGACCCAGAGCCCACACAGAUUAAAGAUGAACAAGAAGAAAUCAGGACCAAUCAGGAGGAAGAGCAGCUUGAAGGGCUGGAGUCUGAUACCAAAGACUCCAUAUUCACCGUCUGUGAGGAAAGUGACUGUGAUCCGAUGGAUUUCUCGAGCCAAACUUCCGAGAGCAGAGAGGGGGAUGUGUUAUGCGUCCGCAUUCCUCAAGAGAUCAAAACCGAGCCUGAUGGAGAGCUCUACACGGUAUCAGAGGCAACCAGUGCCUCACACUCCCUCUCAGAAGGAUAUCCAGGCUGUUCGGCAGCUCACAGUGAAAACAGUGGAAGUGGCAAUGAGGUGGAGAGCGAGGGACUACCGUCAGGAUCAAAGGCACUGAAAUCACCCAGAAAACAAGCAAAGAAAAGACUAAGCUCCCAUACCUCUGCUGGAAGCGGGGUGACCACAAAUGCUUCUCCUCCUUAUUGUUGCAAGUUGUGUGGAAGUACAUUUGUGUACAUUGGGCCUUUAGUUAAUCAUGUGAAAAAUGUGCACACAAAGCUUACUGCAGAAUACCGUUGUGGUGUGUGUGAAGAAGUCUUUGAGUCCAUAGCAAGUCUAACAGAGCACCUGCAAACCCACAUUAAAGCAACACGCACUUGUAAUGUUUGUGGCAAAUGCUUCCCUAGUGAUUCUAGUAUGAGAACACACAUGGUAACGCACACAGGAGAGAAACAGUAUCAAUGCAAAGAAUGUGGAAAAUGUUUCAAAAAUAAGGGCUAUAUGCACUUGCAUAUGAGGCGUCACACAGGGGAGACCCCAUUUUGGUGCAAAGAUUGUGGCGAAAGUUUCACUUGUAAGGGAUACUUGAAAACGCAUAUGAAGUUCCACACAAGUGAGGAACCACAGCCCACACUGAUUAAAGAUAAACAACAGGAACUUGGGACCAGACGGGAGGAAGAGCAGCUUGAAGAACUGGAGACUGAUACCAAAGACUCCAUAUUCACCGUCUGUGAGGAAAGUGACUGUGAUCCGAUGGAUUUCUCGAGCCAAACUUCCGAGAGCAGAGAGGGGGAUGUGUUAUGCGUCCGCAUUCCUCAAGAGAUCAAAACCGAGCCUGAUGGAGAGCUCUACACGGUAUCAGAGGCAACCAGUGCCUCACACGCCCACUCAGAAGGAUAUCCAAGCUGUUCGGCAGCUCACAGUGAAAACAGUGGAAGUGGCAAUGAGGUGGAGAGCGAGGGACUACCGUCAGGAUCAAAGGCACUGAAAUCACCCAGAAAAUGGGCAAGCACCCAUAACCGUGCUAGAGGCAAGGUGACCACAAAUGCUUCUCCUUAUUGUUGCAAGCUGUGUGGAAGUACAUUUGUGUACAUUGGUCCUUUAGUUAACCAUGUGAAAAAUGUGCACACAAAGCAUACGAAAAUGUGUGGUGUGUGUGAGGAGGCAUUCGAGUCCAUAGCAAGUCUGACAGAGCACCUCCAAUCCCACAUUAAAGCAACACGCACUUGUAAUGUUUGUGGCAAAUGCUUCCCAAGUGAUGCUAAUCUGAGGACACAUAUGGUGUCUCACACAGGAGAGAAACAAUAUCAAUGUAAGGAAUGUGGGAAAAGUUUCAAAACGAAGGCAUAUAUGAAAUUGCAUAUGAGACUUCACACGGGGGAGAAACCAUUUCAGUGCAAAGAAUGUGGAGAAAGUUUCACUUGUAAUGGAUAUUUGAGAGCACAUAUGAAGUUCCACACAGGGGAGAAAUCAUAUCGGUGUAAGGACUGUGGGCAAGACUUCGACCAGAAGGAACAACUGGAAACGCACAUGUGGACUCACCAAGGUCAGAAACCACAUGGUUGCAAACAGUGUCCGAAAAGCUUCAAGCGCAAGGAAGAACUGACCAGACACACAGCGGUUCACACAGGAGAGAGACCUUUCAAGUGCACUGUGUGUGGACAUUGCUUUGCCACCCCAGGAAACCUGACACAACACCUAACCACUCACUCUGGAGAGAAACCGUAUCACUGCAAACUGUGCAGCAGAUGCUUUAGAAACAAUCCACUACUUAAAAGUCACCUGAGGAAUCGUCACAAAUGUUAUGACAGUGCCAUAUUGUCAGAAGAUGACUUAAGUUCCUCCGUAUGAUGUGGGAGUGCCCUGUAGUUAAAUGCUUCUAGGACAAAGUUUCAAAAUUGAUGUUGGCUCUUACAUGAAUGUCACCUCACGGUCGCCCAUUUAACCAGUAGAUACAGAUACUAUUAGGAGUUAACAUCAGAAUUAUCGACAGUGAGAAUGAAUGGUGCUGGUCAAGGAACAACUGAGACCUGGACAAAUAUACUUGACUCUGUAAAGAAUAAUCUCAGCUAAAGCCCAACACAUACGUACAUACAAACUAUAAGCCCCAAUACAUACGUACAUACAAACUAUAAGCCCCAAUACAUACGUACAUACAAACUAUAAGCCCCAAUACAUGCAUACAUACAAACUAUAAGCCCCAAUACAUAUGUACAUACAAACUAUAAGCCCCAAUACAUGCAUACAUACAAACUAUAAGCCCCAAUACAUACGUACAUACAAACUAUAAGCCCAAUACAUACAAACAAACUAUAAUCCCCAAGACAUACAUACAGUGGGGGAACAAGUAUUUGAUACACUGCCGAUUUUGCAGGUUUUCCUACUUACAAAGCAUGUAGAGGUCUGUAAAUUUUAUCAUAGGUACACUUCAACGGUGAGAGACGGAAUCUAAAACAAAAAUCCAGAAAAAUCACACUGAUUUUUAAGUAAUGUAUUUGCAUUUUAUUGCAUGACAUAAGUAUUUGAUACAUCAGAAAAGCAGAACUUAAUAUUUGGUACAGAAACCUUUGUUUGCAAUUACAGAUAUCAUACGUUUCCUGUAGUUCUUGACCAAGUUUGCACACACUGCAGCAGGGGUUUUGGCCCACUCUUCCAUGCAGACCUUCUCUAGAUCCUUCAGGUUUCGGGCUGUUGUUGGGCAAUAUGGACUUUUAGCUCCCUCCAAAGAUUUUCUAUUGGGUUCAGGUCUGGAGACUUGCUAGGCCACUCCAGGACCUUGAGAUGCUUCUUACAGAGCCACUCCUUAGUUGCCCUGGCUGUGUGUUUCGGGUCGUUGUCAUGCUGGAAGACCCAGCCACGACCCAUCUUCAAUGCUCUUACUGAGGGAAGGAGGUUGUUGGCCAAGUUCUCGCAAUAGAUGGCCCCAUCCAUCCCCCCCUCAAUAUGGUGCUGUCGUCCUGUCCCCUUUGCAGAAAAGCUCUAUGCUUCACGGUUGGGAUGGUGUUCUUGGUGUUGUACUCAUCCUUCUUCUUCCUCCAAACACGGCGAGUGGAGUUUAGACCAAAAAGUUAUAUUUUUGUCUCAUCAGACCACAUGACCCUCUCCCAUUCCUCCUCUGGAUCAUCCAGAUGGUCAUUGGCAAACUUCAGACGGGCCUGGACAUGCGCUGGCUUGAGCAGGGUGACCUUGCGUGCGCUGAAGGAUUUUAAUCCAUGAUGGCGUAGUGUGUUACUAAUGGUUUUCUUUGAGACUGUGGUCCCAGCUCUCUUCAGGUCAUUGACCAGGUCCUGCCAUGUAGUUCUGGGCUGAUCCCUCACCUUCCUCAUGAUCAUUGAUGCCCCACGAGGUGAGAUCUUGCAUGGAGCCCCAGACCGAGAGUGAUUGACCGUCAUCUUGAACUUCUUCCAUUUUCUAAUAAUUGCGCCAACAGUUGUUGCAUUCUCACCAAACUGCUUGCCUAUUGUCCUGUAGCCCAUCCCAGCCUUGUGCAGGUCUACAAUUUAUCCCUGAUGUCCUUACACAGCUCUCUGGUCUUGGCUAUUGUGGAGAGGUUGGAGUCUGUUUGAUUGAGUGUGUGGACAGGUGUCUUUUAUACAGGUAACGAGUCCAAACAGGUGCAGUUAAUACAGGUAAUGAGUGGAGAACAGGAGGGCUUCUUAAAUAAAAACUAACAGGUCUGUGAGAGCUGGAAUUCUUACUGGUUGGUAGGUGAUCAAAUACUUAUGUCAUGCAAUAAAAUGCAAAUUAAUUACUUAAAUCCAGAAAAUCACAUUGUAUGAUUUUUUUUGUUUUAGAUUCCGUCUCUCAUCGUUGAAGUGUACCUAUGAUAAAAAAUUACAGACCUCUACAUGCUUUGUAAGCAGGAAAACCUGCAAAAUCGGCAGUGUAUCAAAUACUUGUUCCCCCACUGUACAGACAUACAUACUAUAAGCCCCAAUACAUACAAACUAUAAGGCCCAACACCAUACAUACUAUAAGCCCCAAUACAUACAAACUAUAAGCCCAAUACAUACAAACUAUAAGGCCCAACACCAUACAAACUAUAAGGCCCAACACCAUACAAACUAUAAGGCCCAACACCAUACAUACUAUAAGGCCCAACACCAUACAUACUAUAAGCCCCAAUACAUACAAACUAUAAGGCCCAACACCAUACAAACUAUAAGCCCAAUACAUACAAACUAUAAUCCCCAAUACAUGCAUACAAACUAUAAGGCCCAACACCAUACAAACUAUAAGGCCCAACACCAUACAAACUAUAAGGCCCAACACCAUACAAACUAUAAGGCCCAACACCAUACAAACUAUAAGGCCCAAUACAUACAAACUAUAAGGCCCAACACCAUACAAACUAUAAGCCCAAUACAUACAAACUAUAAUCCCCAAGACAUGCAUACAAACUAUAAGCCCCAAUACAUACAUACAAGUUAUAAGCCCCAAUACAUACAUACAAGUUAUAAGCCCCAAUACAUACAUACAAGUUAUAAGCCCCAAUACAUACAUACAUACAAACUAUAAGCCCCAAUACAUGCAUACAUACAUACAAACUAUAAGCCCCAAUACAUGCAUACAAACUAUAAGCCCCCAUACAUACAUACAAACUAUAAUCCCCAAGACAUGCAUACAAACUAUAAUCCCCAAGACAUACAUACAAGUUAUAAGGCCCAAUACAUACAAACAAACUAUAAUCCCCAAGACAUACAUACAAGUUAUAAGCCCCGAUAGAUAACAUGAGGUGCGUUCAGUUCGCUUGAACGUUUGCUACAUUGUGAAACGGUUUGUACUGAAGAGACUGAGGUACAUUUGAUCCCGUUUUGUGGGUGUGGCUUGAAGCAAUGAUUGACAUAUUUAAAGGGCAGCGGCCAUGCUGACAGCGUUCCCCAACACACAACCCAACCCCUCCCAGUUUUUCAGUACAGCACCGUUUCCUUCCAAUUUAAUGUAAAAACGUACUGAACGCAGACCUGGUUUCAGGGUGGGUCGGGGGGCACGCUAGUUUUUUAGGUUUCUUUUCCUGUACAUACUGAAUUGAUAUAUUGAUAUAUUGAAAUGUACUUUGUUGUUAUGUACCUUUUUUUGUAGUUUUUUAUUUUAACAAUUUGUGGCAGGUAAAACCAAGAAUAUGUGUGAAAUAAUGAAUAGAUAAUGAUUUAAAUAUUGUACCGGAAAUUCUCCCCCCCCCCAAAUGAAAAAAUGGCAACAAAAACAGACAUGAUGUCUCUUGGUUUGUGGUGCUUUAGAACGUGCAGUAGAAUCGAUAAAACAAUAUGGUAUCUGCUCUCUUUCUCUCCUCUGUCACGCUAUGUAUUCUUCCAGAGUUAUUACAUUUACAGUUGAGCAGAUGUAAAUGUUAUGUUAUGAUCUGCUUUUUACUAUUAAAUAAAGGCCUUCAUUAUCCCCA